CAGCAAGAGCGGAUUCAAUGGCGCUUUCUGUUAAAACUUUCUCUCGUGGUAAUUCGAGGGAUGGAAUCUGCUCCGGUUUGUUUUGCACUAUUGAGAGGAGGCGGUUUGCGAGGGCUUUAACUGGCGGCAGCUGUCAGUCACUCAGUGUCAGUGAGUGAGGCUGGAGCAGAGACGCCGAAAGGAGAUGGGUUGCUCGGAGUGCUGUGUGAAAUGUCUCAGGGGCGUUCCCUAUGCCUCUCUCAUUGCCACCGUCCUGUGUUUUGUGGGAGUGGCCCUUUUCUGUGGCUGUGGCCAUGAAGCCCUAACUGGGACAAAGAAACUCAUUGAACUUAACUUCUCCAAAGACUUCAUGGACUACGCUCUCCUGGCAAAUGUCAUCCAGGUGUUCCAGUACGUUAUCUAUGGGACGGCAUCGUUCUUUUUCCUAUACGGGGUGCUGCUGCUGGCAGAGGGCUUUUACACCACCAGUGCUGUCAGAUCCCUCUUUGGGGAAUUCAGGACCACGUUGUGCGGCCGCUGUGUCAGUGCAACUUUCGUCUUCCUGACGUAUGUGCUAAGCAUCACCUGGAUGGGAGUCUUUGCUUUCUCUGCACUGCCGGUCUAUAUUUACUACACCAUGUGGUCGACGUGCCAAAUGCUCAAAUAUGUUCACGAUGUAAAUACAGGCUUUGAUGAUGUCUGUGUGGAUGCUAGACAGUACGGGGUCCUGCCAUGGAGUGCCAAUCCAGGGAAGAUCUGUGGCUUCAAUUUAACUUCUGUUUGUAAUGCCUCAGAGUUUGAAUUGACCUACCAUUUGUGUAUUGCAACAUUUGCUGGAGCUGCAGCCACUGUCAUUGCUUUGCUAACCUACAUGAUGUCCUCUACCUACAACUACGCUGUCCUGAAGUUUAUGAGCCAGGAUGAUUGCUGCACGAAAUUCUAACUGAAAUCAGAGAAUGUAACCGUCAUUGCCGCCCCCCCACCCCCCGGCCAACCCUGUCUGUUGCUUGCUCUCUCGCGCUCACUUCCCCCCCCCCCCCCCCCCGCCUCCACCUUUCUCAGCCCCAUCCUCCAACCCUACUGCACCACUUUUUCUCCAGGAAGGUUCGGUGAUUGGCCUGUGAUCCUUAAGCACGCUGGAUUCCUAACAUCAACCUCUCCUCAAUGCACACGGGUUCUGAGCUCAACGUGUCACCUCCAUGUCAACUGAAAUAGACUGUAACAUUGCGUAAAGAAUUCAAAUGUUAUGCAAGGGGAAGCUUUUUAACCAUUGAGUUUAAAACUUAAAGAAAAACUCCAAGUAUUCUGACUGAUUUAUGAUAAGAGGGCAUGUGUAUCUGUAGAAACUCAGGGCUUGAAAUUUUGUUAUUUUAAAAAUAAUCUUUUGCAAGUAGUUUGGCUUCUGUUUACCGGCAAUAAUGUGUGCUCGUGGCUUACGCUCUCUUCAUGUGUAUUUUCACUGGAUGUGAAAAUAAAAACGCUGGAUUCUGACUGGA